CACUGUAGGUCCUAUUAUCUGUAUAUAUCUUCCAAGCUGAACUUCACUCUCGCUCGAGCUACCUCACGCUGUCAUGUUCCCCGUGCCUCUUCAACACCUCUUAGCCUCUGUCACCCUCCUCAUACAGGCUCGCACGGUGUUCCUGAUGUGCUGCGGGUGCACAGUGGGCGCCGCCAUCUUUACCCUCUCUUCGGUCACUCCCAUCAUGGCCUCCUUCAGCGCCGCCAAGUUCACAGGAGUCUUGGGCAUGCUGGUGAUGGGUGUCUGCACAGGGCUCAUGAAAGCUGCAUACACCUCCCUUGGGGCCGACCAGUUUAAAGUCCCAGAACAACGGGAGCAACAGAAGAGGUUCUUUUACGCCUUCUACUGGAUGAUCAACGCUGGCGCCUUCGUCGGGCUAUUCAUAACAGCUCAAAUACGAGACUCUGUCCAGUGCUUCGGUGAUGACUGCUACUUCCUCUCCUACAUUAUAAUGGCCGGCCUCAUGGUUGUCUCCACCGUCAUCUUCGCUGCUGGACGGUCGCACUACAAGGAGGGGCUCCCAGACAAAAUGAUGAUAAGAGCAGUUCGCUGCGUUGCAUACGCGGUCACCAAGACCUGGGAUAAGGACCGAGAGCCUGUGCAGCACUGGCUUGACCGUGCUCAGGACAAAUUUGAUGCUCAGUUGCUGCUGGACGUGAAGGUGACCUUGCGUGUCCUUCUGCUGUUCUGCACCUUCCCGCUCUUCUGGGCUCUCUUCUAUCAGACCUUCACUGGUAUGAUAUUCCAGGCUAAACGUCUCGACGGUAAGGUGGGCAGUUAUAGGAUCCCGCCAGAUAUGUCUUCCACUGCCAACCCACUGCUCGUUUUAGCUCUCAUUCCGGUCUUUGAUUUUGUGGUCUACCCCUUGUUGGCCCGUGUUGGCGUUCUCACCACGACCACAUCCCGGAUGAUCGCGGGGAUAUGCUUCACCAUCAUCGCCUUCCUGGUCUACGCACUGGUGAACAUGAGCGUGGAACAGACUUUCAUUCCUCCAGAGCAGGCGAGAAUCCACGUUUACAACGCACUGCCUUGCCAGAUGGUGGUGGAGGUGCCCUUCGUCAAGACCGGUCAGCUGAGUGUGGAGAGCGGAGGCCAGGUGGUUCUGCCUGGCUUGACUGUCACACAUGGUGAUGAGGUGGAGGCCAAGGUGACAGCCUCCUGCCUCUCCCCAGACAUGAGGCAGGUGAGAGUGAGGGUGCUGGAUGCCCAUGAAACAACACUCCUUGUCACCUCCACUGGCGUGCUGGCUCUCCCUCCCACACUCGAGUACAUCAAGGACGAAGAUGCCGACACCAAAGUGCGGGUGUUGGCGCCUGCGCACAACGAGCUCAACGUGACGCUCACGUACGACACCAUCCUCCACAACUUCCAGCUCCUGGAGGGAAAGACGGAGUUCCAGCGCAUCAGUCCCCAGGAGUACAAGGUGAUGGUGGAAGAGGUGGAAGUUGGGGAGGCUGCAGUGUACCAGGACGGUGUGUACGACAUCGUCAUCACCACCACCGACGUCUUCCUCUUCCCCAUGACGGCCCCUGCAAACGUCCACAUGGUGUGGCUCCUUCCCCAGUACGUCCUCAUCACCAUCGGCGAUGUCCUCUUCACAGUCUCUGGCAUGGACUUUGCUUACUCGCAGGCCCCGAUGGCCAUGAAGUCUUCACUGCAGGCAGCCAAUCUCUUCACAAUUACUGUCGGCUUGUGGCUCUUUGCAGGACUAACAAGCCUGAGCUCUGCCACGGGGGCCUUCAAGCACCGAGCCUCUCACGAAGCCUUCUUCUAUGCUUGUCUCAUGUCCGUCAACACAAUAAUCUUCAUCGUGCUGAUUAGGAGAAACAAGAAAUCUCGCCUGAGGACCCCGGUAUGGAGACAUACACAAGUGAAUCCUGUCUGUGAGCCCAUCAACAAUUAGCCUUUCACGACAAUCUUGUUUUCAUAGCCGUCUCCGUGGCGUAGUGGUAAAUCACCCGCCGGGCGCUUUGCGAACGCUUUGGCCUGUUUUCGUAUUCUGGCCGGGGAGGAUUGACUGGGCCAAUCCUUAACUGUAGCCUCUUUACCCUGCAGUGAAUGGGUAUCUGAUUGUUAAAGGAUUUGGCGAGUUGUAUUCCGGGAAGGAAGGAACUCCCUUGUGAAUUGAAAAGCUUUCAAACUUUUGCCUCAUUCAAAAACAAAAAGUACCUAAUUUCAUCUUCGUAGUUUCCUACAGUUAGUUUAGUUCAUUAAUUAUUCACCCCAUACCCAUCUUGUGGGCGGUAGUGGAAAAG